AUGGCUACCUUCUUGAAACAGCCCCUCAAAUUGGCUCUUGUCCAGCUCGCAUCAGGAGCGGACAAGGCCGUGAACCUCUCUCAUGCUCGGAGCAAAGUCCUGGAAGCUGCAAAGGCUGGCGCGAAAUUGAUCGUCCUUCCCGAGUGCUUCAACUCACCCUAUGGCACGAAUUUCUUCCCCAAAUACGCCGAGACCCUCCUUCCCUCUCCUCCCACGAUUGAACAAUCGCCCUCCUUCCACGCCCUGUCGGCCAUCGCCGUAGAGGCAAAUGCAUACCUUGUCGGCGGGAGUAUUCCCGAGCUGGAGCCAUCAACAAAGAAGUACUACAAUACCUCGUUGGUGUUCUCGCCGACGGGCGCGUUGAUUGGCACUCAUCGCAAGACUCAUCUGUUUGACAUUGAUAUCCCGGGCAAGAUUAAGUUCAAGGAGAGCGAUGUACUUUCACCUGGCAACGAGCUGACAGUCAUUGAUCUCCCGGAGUAUGGAAAGAUCGGUCUCGCCAUCUGCUACGAUAUUCGUUUCCCAGAGGCAGCGAUGAUCGCCGCCCGCCAGGGCGCUUUCCUCCUCGUCUACCCGGCGGCCUUCAACACCACCACCGGUCCUUUGCAUUGGUCGCUCCUUGCUCGUGCCCGGGCUGUUGAUAACCAGUCAUAUGUGGCACUCUGCAGCCCGGCGCGUGAUCUCGAUGCCGCCUACCACGCCUAUGGUCACAGCUUGGUCGCUAACCCAAGCGCAAUUAUUCUCUCCGAGGCUGAAGAUAAGGAGACUAUUAUUUACGCUGACUUGGAUAACGAUUCCAUUGCGGACAUUCGCAGUGGAAUUCCCAUCUCCACCCAGCGCCGAUUUGAUCUUUAUCCCGAUGCAAGCGAGACCACACUGAAUUUCACUCGAAAAUCGACCGCGAACUCUUCUUCUGACAAUCGAUCACCUCCGCCCACCGUCGACCACCCCUUCAAGAUGUCCAACGUCAAGACUGGCAACAAGCGCUCGGCUAUCGCCGAUGUGGUGACUCGCGAGUACACCAUCAACCUGCACAAGCGAGUAUGUUGA